AAGGCAUGAGGCAUGAUGGGACUUGUAGUUUCACAACAGCUGGAGGGCCACCGGUCUGACACCUCUGCUUCAGAACUACAAGUCCCAUGAGGCAUUGCUGGGCUGACAGUUACAAGCAUGACUCCCAAAGGCAGAGGCAUGAUGGGACUUGUAGUUUGGCAGCUGGAGGGCCACCAGUUUGACACCCCUGCUUCAGAACUACAAGUCCCAUCAUGCCUCUGCCUUUGGGAGUCAUGCUUGUAACUCCCUGCAAUGCCUCAUGGGACUUGUAGUUUUGCAACAACUGGAGGGCCACCGGUCUGACACCCCUGCU